AAGUUAAUCGGCAACGUUGCAUUUGAAGUGGUCCGACACUACCAGCUACUGACAUCGCUUUAGCCGCUCUAGACAGUCGACGAUCGACGUCACGCCAUGGCAGGUUAGAGCGACAGAAUAAAAACAGUCACAGCCACCCACUACUAAUACAUACUUUUACUUCAAUAUCAUAAUCUUGUGUAUUUGUUGCUAACACGUGCGAACGCAGUGCCGCCAUAUUGUGGUUCCGGGUGCCUACGCCGACACUGUUGACAGUACCGUUAGAAAUCGGCGGGUGACGGUGGUUCCUAAUUAUUAAAACGUCUAAUGCGAAACUUCGAUUUUACAAAUCAGUGUUGGCUGCUUCAAUUAGAUUCAGUGUGCUGUGAUUUUAGUGCGUUUUCGGACGCAUUGCGUAAUCAAUGACAGAAAGUGUGGUUGUCGUCAGGAGAGAUGGGAAGUGAGCAUUACUGCCUGAGGUGGAACAAUCAUCAGAGCAACCUCCUAGGCGUUUUUAGUCAGUUGUUGAGGGACGAAAGUUUAGUCGACGUCACUCUGGCCUGCUCGGAGGGCCACUCAAUUCGAGCUCACAAGGUAGUGCUAUCCGCUUGCUCUUCCUACUUCCAGACGCUGUUCGUCGACCAUCCCAGUAGACACCCCAUCGUAAUCCUUAAAGACGUGCGAUUUUCCGAGCUCAGAACCCUUAUUGAGUUUAUGUACAAAGGCGAGGUUAACGUCGAAUACUGUCAACUGUCAGCAUUACUUAAAACUGCCGAAAGUCUCAAAGUCAAAGGGCUUGCCGAAAUGACACGUGAAUAUAAACCUCUUCCUGAACAAACUGAACCCAAAGAACUCACCACCAAGCGAUCACAACAGUCGCGACCUAUUACUCCAGACGAAUUGGAAGAUUCUCAGAAUUCACAAUCUUCAGUACAAAACCUUCGAAUAUGUAGAUCACCUUCUGAGAGGGACAGGGAACGUGAUAGAGAACGGGAAAAGGAUAACAGAGACAGAGAUCGCGAAGUCGAAAAAGAAGAAAAAUUAUCUCCAUUAGGGGAAAGCAAUUCUCAACCAAUUUCUAAUGAUUUUGGUGCUAAUGAUAUGAGCAUUCAUAAUAGUAAUAAUUUAGUAGCUACAUGUUCCUCUAUUAGUUUACCAGGCCCUUUGUGCAAUAGAUUAUCGCCGUCUAUUAAUUGUGAACCCCUCCCAGGCCCUUCGAAUUUGCCUCCAGUCCAACAAGUGCCUCUGAGUCUUAAAAAAGAAGUCGAUUGGGGAGGAGGAGAAGAUAAAAAACCUCCCAUAAGUCCUUCAGAGUUUUCACGGAAUCUUCAAGAUUCGACUUCAAUGGAAACUGAUCGAUGCAUCGGUUCUCCCGUCCCAGACCGUCCUUCAAGUACCCAAAGCAGCCGAUCCUCCACACCAUUUGCAAUUCCUUUCCCUACAAUUCCCACUUCUCUUCUUGAAGUUGGUCUAAUGCACAGUGCUUUGUUGGGAGAAGAAAUGUUUCGUUGUUCCUCAUGUAUGGCCGCUUUUCCUUCGUUAUGGUUACUAGAACAACACACGGCAUUACAGCAUAUAGGAGCAAUUAGUUCCUUGGAGAAGCCAUUUGUUUGCGAACAAUGUGGACAAAGUUACAGAUACAGAUCGGCUUAUGUGAAACACCGAGAACAAAACCAUCGUGCUAGACUUCCAGCCGAUAAACUUUUCUCCUGUGAUGUAUGUGGAAUGCAGUUCAGAUAUCUGAAAUCUUUUAAAAAACAUAGACUCAAUCAUGCUUUAGAAAAAUUGCACGGUAAAAGUGCGGAAGUUCCCAAAGAAGCUAAAGCUUCUGAAGAAGACAAUGACGAUGAAAAAAGUGUUCAAGAAAAUAGUAAUGAUCAAGUAUCUAGUUCCAAUGAAACCAUUAAUGUCGAAGAAGAAAGCAGUCCUAUUGUUGUGAAAAAAGAAGCUUCCGAGGAAAUUACAGGUGAAGGAACUUCCUCAGAUGCAGAAAAAAACGAAGCCGAACAGGACGACACUAUAGAUUCCAUAGCAUUUUCUUGUCAAGGUACCUCAGGAUACCCCACUGACCUAUUACGUACCUCUGAAUCAUCUAUAAUCAACUUUUUGCGUGCAGAGUCUAUCGAAAAACAACGCGAGCGUAGAUUCGCUUGCCCUUUUUGUGGAAAAUGUGUCCGAAGCAAAGAAAACCUCAAAUUACACGUACGCAAACACACCGGAGAACGACCAUUCGUUUGUUUAUUUUGUGGUAGGGCAUUUGGCGGGAAAAGCGACCUUACUCGUCAUCUUAGAAUACAUACGGGGGAACGGCCGUACCACUGUGAUAUGUGUGGAAAAUGCUUUGCUAGAGCUGAUUACCUAUCAAAGCAUCUUACCACUCACAUUAAUACUCCUCGUUAAAUGAAUAUAACUGCAGAUGAAUAGUCAUGGUUCUUUAUUUUAUUUCAGAACUUACAUUAAUCAAAUUUUAGCCAAAAAGUAUUUUUGGAAAUAUUGGAAACCUUAAUAUUAUGCACAAGUCAUCAACUCUAUCGCGGGUCCAAGAAGAUUACAGAUUUUUUUCAAAUAAGCAAACGAAAUGAUCAUGAUGUGUAAUUUCAUUAUUGGAAAGCCGAAUAUUGAUUUUUUUACAUAAAUAGAGAGCAUUCUGUUACGGAAUAUGAUGAGCUGCCUUAUUAAUAUUAGACUCAAAUUUCAGAUUCAAAAAUGCGAAUACAGCUGUCAUGUAUUUUUUAAUAUUAAUUGAUAUGGCAUAACUUGAAUGUUUGGCAAUCAGUCAGUAAAUAUUUUGAUGAAAAAAAAAA